AUGAGCUCGCCGAUUGCCCGCCAGAGCUUGUCGCCGUCUUCGUCCAUCUUUAGCAGCAAAAAGCAGUCCAAACCGCUGCUUGCUGCUGAAUAUCUCCAGGCCGUCUCACGCGCAGACUCUGUCCGUCGCUCGGUCAGCUCGUCCAAAAUGUCCCACACGCUCGCCGACAGCGACAGCAUUUCUGCGUCGACACUCGUGGACAUUGCUGAAGACAGCGAAAAGGAGUGUGGUCUCCUCAACACGCCCGUCGUCCCACCAAACUCAUCCCAAGUGUUUUCGACACGCCAUGUCGAAUUUGGCCACUGCGCCGACCAGCGCUUUAGACACGUCUCCCAGCACAUCCCAGGGACUUAUUUCCCCCCACAAAAGGAGGAAGAUCCUCCGUACUAUAUCCUCCUCUCGACCUACAUCAGCUAUGUCAUUCUUAUCUGUAUCGGCCAUGUCCGAGACUUUUUUGGCAAGAGACUUCGUACAAAGGAAUAUCAACAUCUCAUGCCCAGCAAGGGAUACGCCGCACUCAACUCUGAUUUUGAUUCCUUUUACACUCGUCGCCUCAAACUCCGCAUCGACGACUGCUUCUCACGACCCGUCACCAAAGUUCCCGGACGCACCAUUGUCCUUCUCGACCGCAUCUCCCCCGACCACAACAAGCACUAUGAAUCCACCGGUACGCGCACACGAGCCAUGAACGUCUCGUCGUACAACUAUCUCGGUUUCGCACAAGCCCACGGAGGCUGUGCAGAUGCAGUCGAAGAAGGCAUUCGGCGAUACGGGCUCAGUGCGCUCGCGUCGCGAGCGGAAGGUGGGACGCUCGACUUGCAUUUGCAAGCAGAGGCCCUUGUCGCUCGUUUUGUUGGUCAGGAAGACGCGAUUAUCGCGUCUAUGGGCUUUGCGACAAACUCUGCGACCCUGCCGGCGCUCGUCGGCAAGCAUUGCUUGGUCAUUUCAGACGAAAACAAUCAUGCGUCGAUUCGUGUUGGUCUGCGGUUGAGCGGUGCAACGGUUCGCACGUUUAAGCAUAAUAGCGUCAAGGAUCUUGAGCGUGUAUUGCGCGAGUCGAUCAGUCAGGGUCAGUCGCGCACGCAUAGACCAUGGAAGAAGAUUCUCGUCGUCAUCGAAGGUCUCUAUAGUAUGGAGGGUUCACUUGCCAACAUUCCCGCCAUUGUCGAUCUCAAGAAGCGGUACAAGUUCUACCUUUACAUCGACGAAGCGCAUUCCAUUGGUGGCAUUGGCCCCCAAGGACGUGGUGUCGUCAACUACUUCCAUGUCAAUCCAAAGGACGUCGACAUUUUCAUGGGUACCUUUACCAAAUCUUUUGGCUCUUCCUACUCCGAGGCCAUGGCUCCUGCCGUGCUCACGCAAAUCAUCUCCAGCAUGGGCUCCAUCAUGGGUAUCGACACGCCGGAAUACUAUGAGUGCCUUGCUGCUUCUCAAUUCCAACCACCAGAAGGCGUCCCUACCAUGCACACCCCCGGCUUUGAACACCUCGGCCCGGCCCCAACAAAACUCUUGCCGACCUGGCUAUCGCUUCCUCGUGAGCUCCGAGAUGGUACCGAGGGCCGUGAGCGUCUGUAUCGACUGGCCUUUAACGCGCGCUAUCUCUCUCGCGCGUUGGCCAAGCUUGGCUUCAUCGUCUUUGGCCACGAAGAUUCGCCGAUUAUCCCGCUCUUGACGUUUAACCCUGGCAAGAUGCCCCUCUUUUCACGCAUGAUGAUGGAAAGAAAGGUGCCCAUUGUCGUCGUCAUUGUCGGAUAUCCUGCCGUCCCGCUCAUCUAUUCUCGUGUGCGCUUCUGUCUUAGCGCCGCGCAUACCAAGUAUGACGUAGACGAGCUUCUGCGUGCAUGUGACGAGAUUGGAGACAUUCUCGACCUCAAGCUCACGUCUGGCAAGCGGUGGACGAUUGACCAGGUGAUUGAACGGGCAGUCGAGUUGGUGAACAGUGAUGAUUAA